AUGCAAAUUGCUGUUUCAUUCCAAGGUUGGUCGUUUCUUGGCAGCAAGUUUCAGCUGCCAGCUUACCUUCCUGCAUCUAUUCGCUGCCUGGAAAUGUAUUGUAUAUACACUUUAAUCAUGGAAUUGGCUACAUUUUUGUGGAUAUUUAUUUUCCUCUCAUUUUUGGCAGGCAUCUUUUUAUUUUUGCUUUACGCCGACGCUGACUUAACACUUUUAUUUCAUCAUUAUUUAAAUCGCCAAAGAGAUUUCCGCAAUAAAGUUGUAUGGAUAACUGGUGCUUCAAGUGGGAUAGGAGAACGCCUUGCUUAUACUCUGGUAAAAUUAGGGGCAAAAUUGGCUCUCUCUGGUGUAAAUGUUGAAAGAUUAACAGCCGUUGGUGAGCGUUGUAAAAAAAUAUCAAAUUGUGCGGCAGAAGACAUUCUAUUAGUACCAUUUCAAAUAGAAAGGUUUGAACUGCACGAUGAAUGCGUAAAAAAAGUUUUAGAUCAUUUUGGUCAGAUUGACAUACUGAUCAAUAAUGCUGGACGUACACUCAGAGCAAAUUUUGUCGAUACUGAUAUAGCAGUCGAUCAGCAACUAUUCAAUAUAAAUGUUUUUGGAACAAUUAACCUGACAAGAAAAGUUCUAAAACACUUCUUGGAGCGCAAGAAAGGUCAUAUAGUUAUUAACAGCAGCAUUACAGGCAAAUUAGGAAUGCCAUAUUCCUGUACAUAUUCUGGAUCAAAACAUGCAUUACACGUGAGUUCAGUACACUCUUUGAAAUGA